CAAUCCUUUCUGUAUUGAAAAUACACAAAAAUAACCUUCCAAAUGAAGCCAUUGCUUCCGUUUGUGAGAAAUUGUCAGAAGUUUGGACUAUAAAGAAGGUAAGACGUGAACCUACCCGUACAACAAUAUCAGAGGAAUUGGCAGAAAGAAAAAUCAAUAAUCUGAUAGCUGAAUACUUUAACGUACUAGAUAUACAGGAGGUUAUCUUAUGUAUAAAAGAUUUGCCCAAGGAAUAUCAUUCAAAGAUGGUUUCAUCAUUUGUAAAUAAUAUACUCGAAAAUAAACAAGAUGAUGUACCUGUUACCAUUGAAUUUUUGAAAGACAUUUGUGUUGAUGCACCAAAAUCUUAUACAUUUACUGGAGAAGUAACGGAAAUGUUAACCUUUAUUAAAUGA